AUGGUAAAAAGUAAAGUAAAAGGAAAAAGGAAUGUUUCUCCUCUCAAUGCAGUCGUAGCUUCUGAAGGAAAAAUUCAUACAAAAGAUAUUUUCCCACAAGCAAUAGAAGAAAGUAGAAUGGCUGCGGAUAACUGUGAUGAUUAUAUCGAUUAUAAAAAUGAUUGCAGUGGAUGGAGUAAAAUCAAAGCGAUGUAUUUGAACGACGAAUUAUGUAUGGAAAAGGAUAUAAGCAUUAAAAUGACUCAAUUUGCAUUCGUUAUGGGGUUCCUCCUUGGUGGACAACGAAAAAGUUAUAUUGCUAGAGAACGUUUCAUGACAUAUAGUAUGGGAAUGCGAUAUCUUGGUGCAACAGAUGCCAAAAUUCGUAAAAUGGAUUAUUCUACAGUUAUGUUUAUAAAGCAUGGAAUUUCAUCUGGAUUAAAAUUAUCUGUUUUGCUUGGAGCAAUUAUAUUUCUUACUACUCAUUUAACGGUAUGGCGUAAUCGUUUUAGUUUUUGGUAUUUCCCUGUGAUUUCAGCAUCAGUCAGUUCCUUGUUAAUGUUGCCUUUGGGCAUAGAAAAAUUUUUUCAAGCAUUUGCAGUCGGAAUUUCAUCUGGACUCACAGUAUCAGCAAUAAUCUAUCUUUAUGCUGUAGCAAAUAAGCAGUCGUUUAAUAAUGCAUAUUUUCAUCUGAAAUAUCACUAUGAAAAAAAUAUGCGGGAAAUAUGGAGAAUACAAACGCAAAUGAAAAAAUCAAAUAGAUUUUUGAAAUGGAGGCAAUUAGUGCACGCGAAAAUUACUUCAACGAUGAAAUCGCUGAAGUUAAAUAACGAUAAUGGAUAA